AUGUUGAUAAAUCAAAUGAUGAGUGCUGUUGUGAAGAGUAAUGGAAGUGUCAAAUUACGAUUCUCUAUUAAUGUACAAAAUUCAUUCAUUUUGUACUAUUCAUUAAUUCGAUAUCUCACAAAUUGCAUGUUUGAAACAACUCGAAAGUUUAGAAUCUACAAGCUGGAAAAUGUGACAUUGCCCCAUUUAUUAAUACAUAUUAUAGUAGUAGUAAUUGCAAUGAAACUAAAGAAUACCUUAAAAGUGAGGAUAUCUCUUAAUGAUGAAAUGAUGUAA